AUGCCAACGUGCAGAGGGGAACAAGCUGGAGCAGGGCGAGUGAGGGGGCAGGAGGCAGAUAAGGCUCCUGGGCUGACCUCCCGUUCUUUCUUUCUUCCAGCACAAAUUGAAGUGAUUCCUUGCAAAAUCUGUGGGGACAGGUCGUCUGGGAUCCACUACGGGGUUAUCACCUGUGAGGGGUGCAAGGGUUUCUUCCGCCGGAGCCAGCAGUGUAACGUGGUCUACUCCUGCACCCGCCAGCAGAACUGCCCCAUCGACCGUACCAGCCGAAACCGGUGCCAGCACUGCCGGCUGCAGAAAUGCCUGGCACUGGGCAUGUCCCGAGAUGCUGUCAAGUUUGGCCGCAUGUCCAAGAAGCAGAGGGACAGCCUGCACGCCGAGGUGCAGAAACAACUACAGCGGCAGCAACAGCAGCAGCGGGGACAAGUGGCCAAGACCCCGCCAGCGGGGGGCCAGGGAGCAGAUGCCCUCGCAUGCCCUGUGGGACUCCCAGAUGGGCAGCUGCCCCUGGGCUCUUCGCCUGACCUGCCUGAGGCCUCGGCCUGCCCCCCCGGCCUCCUGAGAGCCCCAGGCUCUGGGCCCUCCUGCCCCAGCAGCCUGGCCAAGGCGGGGCCCAACGGGGCCUCAUACCACCUGGGACACAGCCCCGAGCGGGGCAAGGCCGAGGCCAGAGACGGCUUCUAUGGCACAGGCAGCCAGCUGCCCCCUGACACAUGUGGGCUUCAUUUCAAGGACCCCAGGCAUCCUGGGCUUGAGGAACCAGGACAGGGCCCGGACAGCUACUGCAGCCCCAGCUUCCACAGCACCCCAGAGGUGCCCUAUGCCUCCCUGACAGAGACUGAGCACCUGGUGCAGAACGUUUGUAAGUCCUACCGAGAGACAUGUCAGCUGCGACUGGAGGACCUGCUACGACAGCGCCCUAACAUCUUCUCCCGGGAGGAGGUGGCUGGCUACCAGAGGAAGUCAAUGUGGGAGAUGUGGGAACGCUGUGCCCACCGCCUCACUGAGGCCAUUCAGUACGUGGUGGAGUUCGCUAAGAGGCUCUCAGGCUUUAUGGAGCUCUGCCAGAAUGACCAGAUUGUGCUUCUCAAAGCAGGAGCAAUGGAAGUGGUCCUGGUCAGGAUGUGCCGGGCCUACAAUGCUGACAACCACACAGUCUUUUUCGAAGGCAAAUACGGAGGCACGGAGCUGUUCCGAGCCUUGGGCUGUGGGGAGCUCAUCAGCUCCAUCUUUGACUUCUCCCACUCCCUGAGCACAUUGCGCUUUUCUGAGGAUGAGAUUGCUCUCUACACAGCCCUCGUGCUCAUCAACGCCAACCGGCCAGGGCUCCAAGAGAAGAGGAAAGUAGAGCAGCUGCAGCACAACCUGGAGCUGGCUUUCCAUCACCAUCUCUACAAGACCCACCGCCAAGGUAUCCUGGCCAAGCUGCCACCCAAGGGGAAGCUUCGGAGCCUGUGUAGCCAGCACGUGGAAAAGCUGCAAACCUUCCAGCAUCUGCACCCCAUCGUGGUCCAGGCUGCUUUCCCUCCACUCUACAAGGAACUCUUCAGCACUGAAAUUGAGUCACCUGAGGGGCUGUCCGAGUGA